ACAAUCCACAUUCUCUGCAUAAAUAGUGACACUAUAAUAAACUAACCAAUCCCUCUUUUUCGUAAAAUGUACUGUACUAUUUAGCAUAAUAAUUUUGAACCACAUUUAAAGUUCUCUCUUUUUCCCUGUCAAAAAAAAAAAAAAAAAAAAAGUUCUCUCCUUUUCACCAACUAACCAUAUAAAAACAAAUACUUAACCUGCACUAAUGCUUGUAAAAACAAUAGAUUUCUUGCUAUUGCUACUGGCCACUACUGCUCAUUUUACUCAUUCCUCUUUCUCUCUCUAAAAUUUCUAUCUUUCUAGCUGAAAAACUGAAGAAACUAUGGCAACUGUUUUGAUAAGAAGAUCAAGAUCAACCUCAAACUUUCUUAAAACAACAAUCAGAUGUUUUAGUAGCACUUCUUUUUCUUCUGUUGCACAACCUGUUGCUGAUUCUGGUUCAUCACCCUUUCCUUUUGCUGGGACUAACAUCAAAGCCAAUGUUUCCCAACUUAUUGGGAGAACUCCCUUAGUUUAUCUAAGUAAAAUUAGUGAAGGAUCUGGAGCUCACAUAGCCGUCAAGCAGGAAAUGAUGCAGCCUACUGCUAGUGUCAAAGACAGACCUGCACUGGCAAUGUUAGAAGAUGCAGAGAAAAAAGGAUUAAUUUCUCCAGGGAAGACUGUGUUGAUCGAGCCUACAUCAGGAAACAUGGGAAUAAGCAUGGCCUUCAUGGCGGCGAUGAAGGGAUACAAAAUGGUGUUGACAAUGCCAUCAUACACUAGCAUGGAGAGAAGGGUGACUAUGAGGGCUUUUGGUGCUGAGCUUAUUCUCACUGACCCUGACAAAGGAAUGGGGGGAACUGUCAAAAAGGCUAACCAACUUCUGGACUCCACCCCAGAUGGUUUCAUGCUUCAACAAUUUAAUAAUCCUGCUAAUACUCAGGUUCAUUUUGAGACGACGGGUCCUGAAAUAUGGGAGGACACUCAAGGAAAAGUAGACAUCUUUGUCAUGGGAAUCGGAAGUGGAGGCACUGUGUCUGGUGUUGGACGCUAUCUCAAAUCUCAAAAUCCUAAUGUUAAGAUUUAUGGAGUUGAACCAGCUGAAAGCAACAUACUCAAUGGAGGCAAACCAGGUCCUCACCUUAUAACCGGAAAUGGGGUUGGGUUUAAACCAGAGAUUUUAGACAUGGAUGUAAUGGAAGCAGUUCUUGAGGUAAAAAGUGAUGAUGCUGUAAAGAUGGCCAGGCAGUUGGCAUUGAAAGAAGGACUUAUGGUUGGAAUAUCAUCAGGAGCUAACACAAUUGCUGCCCUUGAACUUGCUAAGAGGCCGGAAAACAAGGGAAAACUAAUUGUGACCAUCCACCCGAGUUUCGGAGAGCGAUAUCUGUCGUCUGCCCUGUUUAAGGAGCUGAGGGAAGAGGCUGAGAAAAUGCAACCAGUCCCAGUUGAAUGAUUCAGGGAUCUAGCUCUUUGCUAAGUAAAGGAUCUAUUAAUGUUUUGUCAUUACUACAAGUUGUAAUACUUUAAUAUUGUUUAAUGAGCAUGUGUCAAAAAAAAAAAAAUUGUACCAUUGCAAGCCUAUUGUGUAUUUAUGUUCAAUAAAGCCAUAAGGAUAAAAUUUCAUCGAUGAAGUAAUGUCAGGCAAUUGCAUUGCUAAAUACGUGGGUCAAAUACCCAAAGGCGUAUAGACUUGGUUCAAUUUUUUUGA